AUGAUGAAUUCUGAAGACCUUUCCAGCUUCCUACAAAAUCCGGAAGUUAAGGACUGUUUCGCUUGGUCUCUAGCCGAGCGUGAUAGAAAGACAAUAGCCCGAUUCAACGCUAAGAAGGAGGAACUUGAGACCCAAAAUGCUGAAUUGAUUGGACAACUCGAGAAUAUGAAGAUGACUAUGCAAGAACUCAUUGCGGAGAGGGAUGCAUUAAAGAGCAGUAAUCAGGUGCAGAUCCAAGCUACCAAAGAGGAUGCGAAGAGAAUUUGUGAGCUUCAGGAGGAGCAUUAUGCCAAGAUGCUGAAAAGCAAAAACCUGGAAAUUGAAACACUUAGAUCCAAAGUGACGCCUGAUCAGAAAGAGAUUAAUCUGAAUCUCCAGGAGCAACAUUCCAAGAUGCUCAUAGGCAAGGAUCUGGAAAUCCAAACGCUUAAGGCACUAUUGGUGGCUAGUCAAGAGGAUACCAUAAGGACGAAUAUGAAGAUUAUGCAACAAUAUGUCAAGGAUGUCAACGACAAGAGCGUGGUCAUCCGAGAACUGGAAACACGUCUAUCUGCUGCUGAGCAACAAACCACCGAUAAACUCAAGGUGCUCCAGGAGGAACAUGUCAAGGAGAUGAAGAACAAGGACCUGGAAAUCCAAACGCUUCAGGGCAAAUUGGCGGCUGGUCAGGAGCAACAUGUCAAGGAGCAUAACGACAAGGACCUGGUCAUCAAAGAACUGGAGACCCGCUUACCUGCUGCGGAACUACAAACCGUCGAUAAGGUUAUGGAGCUCACAAACGAAAACAACCGACUCUCUUUAGGAAUUCAGAAGCUCCAAAAGGAGAAGGUCUUUGCUGAGAAACGUCUUCAAUCUCUUGGAGUGAUGUUGCAGGAAAAGUUGCGUGAGAAGAAAGACGUGCAGAAGAAAAAGGAGGAAGUCGUCUUCAAGCCAACUACUCAACUCCAUACUAAACUCCACACUGAGCUCGGCAAGCUCUAUAUGAAGCUCCAGGAAGCAAAGAAGCCACAGGAGGCUCUCAUGGCUCAGUUGGCUGAUAAGGACAAGGAAAUCGAGUAUCUCAUGGAGCAACUCGAAGCGAAGGAUUCAGAAAUCCAGAAUCUGAAGGAAAUGAUUCAGGGAGGAGAUGAGAUGAAUGAGAAAGCGGUCAUGGCUGAUGGACAAUCGGAAUAA